AAAAGUUUAUUAAAUUAAAUUAUGGUUGGUAAUAAAAAUAGUUGGGUGUAAAAUUUAUUGUUGAGAGAAUGAGGAGAAUUUCGUCUGAUAAAACGAACUGAUUAAAUUUUGUAUCAUUGGAUUAAUUGCCGCCCUUUUAAAAAAAUCCAUAUGGAAAUUCAGUUUAGAUUCUUAUGGUUUCCUAUAGAAACCCAGUAUAGGUUUUGAUAUAGAUUUUUAUAUGGGUUUUAUAAAAAACCACAUCAUGUCUAAUCCAUAUGGGAAUUUAGUAUGUAUUUUUAUGGGGAUUUUUACGAAGAUUUUCCAUGGGAAUUCAGGUGUCCACAAUUUCCUAUAGAAUUUCCCAUAUAGAAAUCUAAAUACCCAUGGAUUCUUAUAUAAAUCCAAAUACCCAUGGGUUCUUAUAUAAAUCCAUACUCUCCUAUAUAGAUUUCCAUGAAUUUCUAUGUAAUACCAUAUGGAUAUUUUGAUAGAGCCUUCAAUUAAUUUAAAUUUAAAAAAUGCGCGCGAGAAGAUCAUUCGUUUGUUUGUUUUUGUUCUUAAACUCUACAAUUUUUAACAUAAAAAUUUAAAAUAUUUUCAGAUUAAAUACAGUUUUUUAAACAUUUAUUACGGAUAUCGUUAGUAAAUUCAAAAUUUAAUUAUUUUUUACCUUGAGAAAUUUAACAAACAAAGUCACGAGAAAAUAACGGCCUCUACAUCCGUUUUUUCAGUUAUUCCAUGAUUACAAUUAUCAAAAUCAAUAAGAUUUAGGACAGAUAAGAUUGCCGCAUUAAACCACGAUAACAAAAAUUUGAAAAAUUAAAUCCAGCUGCCGGAAGAGUAAUUCAAAUCAAAGUACAUUUAAUUAUACAUUAAUUUACUAAUUAUACUCGCGUAUUAACGCAGUUAUAAUUAAUAAAAAAAAAAUUUAAUCAAAAUUUAAUUAAACUAGUAAAAUAUCAAGUAAAAUUAAAAACAUUUUUAAUGACAGGAAUUAAAAUCUAAUUAUCAUUCUUUUUACUGUUACAUCGAAGCUAAUUAAGUUUUUAUUUUUUUCACUCCAGUAAACAAAAAAAAUAAAAACUAUAAAUUAUCGCCUGUAUUUUUCUUAAUAAAUAAAAUCAACUAAACAAAAUUAAAUGAAAUUCUAAACCGCGGGAAUUUUAAAUUAAAUUAUAUAUAUAUCAGCUGUCAAUUAAUACCGAGCAUUCACUUUUAAAUGAAACUGUACGGCCUUAACAUAAUUAAAUCACCGAGUGUAAAAAUUAAUACCAAAACACGAUUAAAUAAGUAGUAAUAGUUGUUGUAUUUAUAAACCAUUCAAUAUAUAUUUAUAUAUAGACCCAACACGUAAAUAAAAAGUGGGGGUAAUUCGAUGAUUGUACGAUAGCUUAAAUAAACGAUAACGCAAUCAAAAUUAGCUCUGACCGUUUACGUUUAUAGAUUUUCUAUAGAUAUUUGUAUUUGUAAUAUAUAUACAUAUAUGUAAGUUUUGAUGUCGUAAGACCUUAAGCAUGAGAAGCUUGAUUGUAUUGAAUGAUAAGGCAGUACGUACAUAAAAAUAAAUGUGUACUCAUAAGGAGCCAUGAGUACGUUUAGUUGUUGAGUAUUUCUCGGUUUAGUUGUUUGAAAUAUUACGAAGCGUAGUGACCGCGGUUAAUCCUCAUACUCAGAGUACUGAUACUCUGAUCUAUUUUCUAUACCGAGAGUAUUAAAAACUUUUUAUAAGCCUUAACUGUACAGUUGUUGUACUUAAUGACUUAUAAAGUUGCCUUAUCCAUCGCAUUUCGCAUCAUCGACGUCGACAUCGGCGACUACUAUACUAGUCUUCAGUUAAGUCUUGUACGGGCUGGAGUCUUUAUCUUGCAGUUGAGACUAGAAUAUUUUGCGGAGUAAAAAAUUCAAUGGAUAAAAAUACGAUUGGAGUUUAACGUGUAGAUUGUGGAUCAUGAUCGUGUAUAUAUUUGUUAUUCAGUGAUAAAGACCUUGUUUUGUCCUUUCACUUGAUCUUGACAUUCUUUGUAAAUUCAAAUUUAUUGUUAUUAUGACUACAAGUUUUACGUAAAAUUAUUUUUUCUUAAGAUAAACGGUUGAGUUUGUUUCGUGUGAUGGGCGUUAUUUUUAAAACGUUUAAAUUAAAGUACUAUGAGUAAUGACUACUGUAUUUAUAUAUUGUUGCAAUUAUAUAUGUAAAUGCUGUGAUACAUGUGAACAAAUGGGUGGAUAGUUUUGUGACAGUAUCUGUUUUAUUUAUUUAUAUAUACGUACAUAUAUAUAUAUGUAAACAUGCAACGUGAACAGGCAAUCUUGGUGGCUGAUCCGAUGGUAUUGGACCAUAAAGCAACGAGUCUACACAGUGAUUACGGUAGUUUUGAUCGACCAUUAAGUAGUAACAGUGAGCAGAAUCACGAUAGGGACAUUGAAGUUGCAGUUGAUGGAAGUACCAGUGGAAUGGCACAGUCGAGUGACGUUUAUCAGCGACAACCGCUUCUACCAGGAGCACCAGCUAAAAGUAAAGACCGUUGGGGUGCCGUUGGUUCUAGUGCUGACUACUAUGAAGAUGAUAAUGACAAAAUAGAUAAUAUAAGUCAUACACGUCAUACCAGUGGUAUUCAAAAUGGUAGUGGUAUUGUCAAAAUUGAUAUACCACCGCCUCUGAGAGAAGAGCCGCGUUUUCCAAAAGAAAAAUGGAAAACUGUAUUUGCAUUUUUAUUUAUGGUUUUUAAUUUUAUACUAACAACAACAUCACUUGCAAUGUUACAUGAACGUGUACCGGAUCGUAGUGUUGAUCCAUUACCAGAUAUUGUACUAGAUAAUAUUGAAGCACAAAAUUGGGCACUUGAUGUCUCGGAAAUUUUAAUUAUUAUUAUAUCUAAUUCUGCUGCGUUAUUAGUAAUAUUUCAUAAGCAUAGGUUUAUAGUUGUGAGACGAAUAUUUAUAUUAAUGGGUCUAUUGUAUAUGAUGAGAAGUAUAACAUUUUAUGUGACAGUCCUGCCAAUGUCUAGUAAAACAUAUUACUGUAGUCCUAAAUUAAAUCAUACAACACCGCUUAUUAUAACUAAACGUGUACUCCAACUGAUAUCAGGUUUUGGAUUGUCGAUAAACGGCAAGCAUACUUACUGCGGUGAUUUUAUUUUUAGCGGUCAUACUGUUGUUCUUGUACUUUCUUACCUGAUUAUCAAAGAAUACUCACCAAAAAGAUGUCAACCAAUACACUGGAUCGCUGGAAUAACAGCAUUUCUUGGUGUUAUUAUGGUGUUAAUAGCACACUGUCAUUACACCGUUGACGUUAUUAUUGCAUAUUGGGUUACAACACGAUUGUGGUAUAUUUAUCACACAUUAGCAAAUAACGCGCAAUUGAAGCAAUAUGGACCAAAUAAUUUUUUGGCACGAUUAUGGUGGUUCCCAUUGUUUAGAUACUUUGAAAAAAAUGUUGGUGCAACUGUACCAAGACAAUAUGACUGGCCAUUGCCAUGGCCUCGAAGAUUUCUUGCCAAGCAUCCCAACCGUGAUAGUUAAUACUCGUUAAUUUUUUUAAAUUACGAUGCUAACUUACAUUUAAAUAUGGGGUAAUAUUUUUUUAAUGUAUAUAAUUAUCAAUUACUUCUUUUUUGUUUCUUAUUAAGUUAGUAAGUAAGUGUCGGUAUAGAAAGUUUUUUGUUUUAAGUAAAGUAAUAUCGAACGAAGCUCGAAUGAGUGACCAUGUGGUUUUGUAACUAACGAGUAUGCGAAUUAGUGAAAGAAAAAAAAUAAAUGAAGAAUAAAACAUAAAUGAAUAAAUAAUGAUAAUAAUUCGAAAGCAUAUUACAAAAAAAAAACGUUUAUCGUCAUGUGGAAACUUUCCAGGAACUCUACUAUCACUUGAAUUGUCUGAUAAUUUUUUUUUUUCUGUUUAUACAUACAAACUUUUUUUUUUAAAUUUUACAUUAAAUUUAUCACAUACACGUACAAUUUUUAUUGAUGGAAUAUAAGUCUGCUUUAUUAAGUAAAAUUUUUCCACAUUCCUAUAGAACCUCACGAAUAUUCCUCGGUCAUGUUCAAAUUCAAACUCAAGUAUAUUAUUUUUAAAAUGUUAAAUAACAGGGUAGAGGUACCGUUUUUUGGCCACUCAAAAAUUUAAAAAAUUUACUUGUGUGCGCAGUGACAAUUAAUUUUUUUAAUGCGUUCAGAGAAACUUUAAUCAACGGAUUAGAAUAAAAUUUGUUUUUAGACAUAGACUUGAAAAAAAUACACGAAGUUUUUUCUUGGCUCAAUUUAUAAUAAAAAAAAUUAAUACGGCAAGUAAUUUAUUUUUUUCUGUGUACUUUUGUUAUUAAUUUAUAUAAAAUAGUAAAUAUAUGAAGCUAGAGCUAGCGGCCGUAAUAAGUAGCGGCCACGGAAAAAAAUUCUGGUCGCUACUUAUUACGGCCGCUAGCUUCAGCUUCAUUGGUAAAUGUCUAAAAAAUUAAGUAGUGGAACCAAAUGGUACUUUUACUCUAAUUAGUGAUCGGGGUUUUAAAAAAAAGAACUGAACCUGUCCUAAUUAGAAAUCUUUAUUUAGAUCGUGGAAUUUUUUGUGGGACCAAAUAAUUAAAAUAGUAAAUAGAUAUUGAAAUUCUGGAAAAAUAUUUAAAUAUGAUGAUAUAUUUAUAUGAUUAUAUAUGAGUAUUUUUUCCGAGAGCUCAAACUAGAAUUCAGUUUUUUUUUUUUUUACAAAGUGAAAGUAAGCACUUAUUAGAUUCGGAUUAAUAAAAUUAGAAAUAGUUAGAGUUCCCGAGAAAUAAUUAAGUUGUUUAUUAAAUUGAUGCGAAACAUGACAAAUAUAUGAGGCAUUAAUUAAUAAGUUUUAAAUAUUUAUAAAAAAAUAAAUAAAUGAAAUUCUAAUCUUCCUUACUGUCUACUUUUUAUAAUUUAAAAGCUGAUGCUUAUUAAUUAUUGUUAAAUUUAAUUUAUAAAAAAAAAAUAGCAAAUAUAUGGUGUCAAAGUAUAUAUUUUUAUGAGUGGGAUUUUCAUUAAAUAACACUUGCCUCAAAAUAUAAGUUGGUAUUUAAAUCAUAGAUCGCCACCAUUUAUAAAAAGUUCAUUAACGUUAAUAUAUAUUUUUUAAAUAUGUAAUUGGAAGAAAUUCUUGACUACAAAACGUUCAAAUUAUGUCUAAAUUAUAUGUGAAAAAUAGGAAACAGUAAGAUUUUUCAAAUUAGUAAUUAUUGUUUCAUAAUAAUUCUAACCUCAAAUUAUGGGAAAAUGUAUUAAUAAAAAAUAUGAGUUUUGACUAAAAAAAAAAAAUUAUUUAAUUAAAGAACUCGAUAUUUUGCAAGUGAUAUUUAUAAUUAAAAUUAAAACAAUCAGUUUAAUGUUUUAUUGUAUCGCAUUGUUUAGCCUGAUAACAAACUCCGAUUAAAACCGAAUCAGAUUCAGUCGGGAACAAAAAUUUAAUUAGAAUUUCUCCGAAGCGUUCCAAGUAUUCGAUUGAAUUUCAAUCGGAAUUAAUUGGAAAUAGUAUUUAUUGUUUUCUGAUUAAUUCCAAUUGGAAAAUUUGAAUCAGAUCUAUUCGGAAAAUAAUAAAUUUAUUUUUCGAUUAUUUUCUAAUUAAAUCCGAUAGAAAAUUUUCAAUUAGAUUCUAUCAGCGAACAAUAUUUUUUUUCCAAUUAUUUUCCUAUUGAAUGCGAUUGAAAUUUUCCAAUCGGAUUUAAAUUUAAUCGGAGUUUUUAAUCAGAAAAUUUUGCAGUGUCUUAAUAAUUUAACUGAAGACUAAUAGAAUCUUAUUUAAGAAAAUUUAGGCAUGUGGACCAUUAGGGCCAAUAGCCAACUAAUAAAUAAAAUAAAACUGUCAAUAAAUUCAAUAGUUUUGAUAAACGAUAUAAUUAUUUACAAAUCUAUUUAAAAAAAGUUAUUGGUUUAUCUGUUAACAGAACAAAGAAAUCAAUGAACGCCCUCUAGAAUAAAAAUUUCACCGGAAAUUUUUUUGAUAAAAUUAAAUUUUUGAGGUUAAACUAAAAAAAUAUAUUUUGGCACCAUUAUAUUGUAUGAUAUAAAUAUAUAUAAAUAUAAUUGAAUGCAGACUGUUAAAUAAUCUUCAAAGAAUUAAAAAUUCUGCCGUAAUUAGCACAAGAAACUAAAUUUAUAAAUACAUAUACUUAUAUAUAAAUAAAUAAUAAUUUUUGCUGUAUUAAAUUUAAAUAUAUAAUAAAUUAGUAUAUAUAUUUUUCAUAACAGCAGUACAAUCCACAAUAUAGCCAAAAGUAUAGUAAAUAUGAAAUAUUAAAUAAUAAUAAAUCAUGCUUGUAAAAAAAAUAAUUUUUUUCUGUACAUCUUAAUAAAGUUUCUAAUUGUGGAAGUUAUUGUAUCAAUGAGACUGUUGUGUACGUUGAUUUAAAAAUUUAUGUCGCGUUAUUAAAAUUUAAAGUUAAGGCUAUUUUCAGACAGUACUCCGCAGUUUUUGAAAAUUUUUAAUGGCUCGAAUGCCAUAAACGUAUCAAAAUUUUAUCAAUUGAUUGAAAAUAAAUUUAGGCAUGAAAUGAAAAAUGCAUAUGUAGAAAAUUAAAAAAACUAUAAGUGCAAUUUUUUCAAAAAUUUUUUUUUAUAACAUCUUUUUAAAAAAAUUCAAAAGAUUAUUAAACAUCAGAUAACCAGUAUAAUGAUUUGAUACGGUUAUAAAAUUUGAGUCAUUGCAUAUUUUUGAAAAAUGGAGGGAGGAGAGGGGGUAGUAUCUGAGAAUGCCCUUAAUAAUUUAAAGAAACUAAAAUGAAAUUCUAAUUAUACACUAUCACUAUUAUUAUAUAUUUGUCAUCGUUUUAAUAAACCAAGUAAAGUGUGCGUUAAUUAAUAAAAACUCAUUAAGCUUUAAUUAGAAAUGCACACACUUUUAAAUUUAAAAUGUUGAAGCUUUUUUCAAUGAGCUUCGUUGAUGUUUACAAAUUAUCUAAACAAUGAUGAUCAAACAGUAUAACAUUGUUUAUAUAUAUAAAUACGCACACUUAUUUGUGUGUUAUUAAUAUAUAAAUAUAUAUUAUAACUAUAAGCAUAUAUAUGUGGAUAAAAAUAUACGAAUUAUAUUUUUACGUGUAGAUAUUUUUUGGUAAACUUGUUAUAAUGAUCUGGUUAGACUAGAAUAUUCUAGUAGAUACAAAGUUAUUAUUAUUAUUAUUAUUAUAAUUAUUAUUACUUAUUAAUUAUUGUAAAUAUAUUGAAAGCAGUAAAAUGAGCUUAGUUAAAAUUUAAAUAC